AUGUUACUGAUGCUGGUGGUGGCCAGCUGUCUGACCUUCGUUACUAGGUUGGUCUACUUCUCUACAGUCAAUGGGGGUUGGUCUGAUGUGUUUCCACAGCCGUGGUUGUCUCUAGCAAUGUCACAGAGGGAACGGUCCCUGGAGAAACCCUGCCGACCCAAGACGCACUUGUUCUUCCUGAAGACACACAAGACAGCCAGUAGCACCGUGCUUAACAUCAUGUACCGUUUUGGUGAGGCUAGGAACUUAACCUUAGCCCUGCCAGUGGCCUACCAGUUUGGCUAUCCCCAACUCUUUGAUACAAGAACAGUGAAAUCAUACAACGCCACGAAUAAACAGGAAUACCACAUCAUUUGCAACCACAUGAGGUUCUACAAGCCCCAGGUGGAGAAGUUGAUGCCGAACGACACCUUCUACUUCUCCAUCCUCCGCAGCCCAGUGACAUGGAUGGAAUCCUCCUUUGCUUACUACAAGGACACUGCCAGGGCCUUCUCCAAUGUGACGUCGCUGGAGCAGUUCCUCGAAGAUCCCUGGAGCCACUACUCGCCCACCAGCAGCGGCAGUCAUUACGCCAGGAACUGCAUGUGGUUUGACUUUGGCUUUGAUCACAAUGAGGGCGACACACCUGCGUACGUGGACUCUGUCAUCGGCAAGAUCGCCAACACCUUCCACCUCAUCCUGAUCGCCGAGUACUUUGACCAGUCCAUGGUCUUGUUGCAAGAGGCACUCUGCUGGGAUCUGGACGACGUGCUUUCCUUCAAGCUUAACCCCAGGGGCAACGGCACAGUGGUGCCUCUGUCCGCGACGACAGCUGAUCAAAUCCGAGCCUGGAAUUCAUUGGACUGGAAGCUCUACCUGCAUUUCAACAGGACCUUCUGGCAGAAGGUGGACCUGUACGGUAGGCAGAGGAUGAGCGAGAAGGUGGUCCUCCUGCAGGAGGCCAGGCAGAAGAUGAGGGACCUCUGCCUAGAGAGAGGGAGGCCUGUGGACCCCAGUCAGAUUCUGGACAAGACCAUCAUACCCUUCCAGUAUGGCCGGGCUCGCAUCCAGGGCUACAACCUCAACACCAACCUCACACCCGCUACCAGGGAAAGGUGUCUACGUAUGAUCCUGCCCGAACUCCACUACAAAGACCUGCUGGACGCCAAGGCCCACCCUCCUGCUGGCCCAAGGGAGCAUCCUCCGUGGUGAAAGCCACAAAUAUAUAGCCCAAUCCAACGCUCCUCUAUCCAGGAAAUGGGGUCCAAAUGAUUGUGUAUGCAUGUGAGGAUCAGGUAUGCAUGCCAACCCGGUGAUUGUAAUGGCAGUGAUUAAUCCGGGCUUGAAAUCAAAGACUUUGUUGUUGUGAAAUUACUUGUACGUUCCAUUCCUCUACUUGCUAUGGUCCACGUUUGUACUGCGGCACUUCUGUGUGUCACCUUGUGAGGCAGAACUUCAUUUAGAGUAAUGACAGGGCACGGUGGGGUGGUGACUCUAGAUUUGAGGAAGACCUUUAGAACUGGGGAAGAACUGUAGAAUUGAGGAAGAACUGUAGAACUGAGGAAGACCUCUAGAUCUGUGGAAGACCUCUAGUGUUCAGGACGUUCUCUAGAACCGAGGAAGACCCCUAGAACU